AAAAUGGCCUCUCGGCGGAUCACACGGGAGACGUUUGAUGCUGUAGUGCAGGACAAAGUUAAAAGGUAUCGCAUGGACCGAAGUGAUGCUAUAGAGGACACAAUCCAUCAUUUUAAAGCUCAUUCAAGGCCAGUCCCAAGACCAAGAUACGAAGACAGUUUUCAUGAUGAUGGAAGAUAUACUCAUGACAAUGCCCAGCACCAUCCACAUGAUGACUGGAGUGAAGACCCUAGAGAUGACUAUCCGGGACCUUCUUAUAGAUCUACUAGUCCUCUCAUAAGGAAAGAUAACUAUUACCAUGAACAGUAUGGCCGCCCGGCGUCUCGUGACCGGGAAUUUGGCCGCCCGGCAUCUCGUGACCGGGAGUAUGGGCGUCCAGCUUCGCAUGAUCGGGAGUAUGGGCGUCCAGCUUCGCAUGACCGGGAGUAUGGGCACCCAGCAUCUCACAAUCGGGAGUACGGACGCCCAACUUCCCACGAGCGGGAGUAUGGGGGCCUGGCUUCUCAUGACCAGGACUAUGGCCCUCCUGACUCUUGGGAAUCCACCGGACCACACGAAACUGACUUUAGUUCUUCGGAUAUUUUAGGUGAUUUUAGAUCCCCAGGACUCAUGGAAGAUGAAUAUGGCAACAUGGAAAAUCAGGAGUAUGAUGUGGACUUUGGAAUUCAAUCUGACAGCGAGUUCCGACCUCCAAUACGGAGGGGCAACAUUGGCAGGGGAAGAGCUCUGCGAGGAAAGCGUAUUACAAGGGGCGCUGUUAAAACUAAAGUAUUCAAAGGAGAUAUCAAAACUCCCUUAAAGAAAUGGAACACUAAAAAGCUGCAACCGGGCCCUGAUCAGAAGCCAGCUAUGCAACCUGAUCAAAUGCCAGAAGCUGCUGAACGACCUAACCAGAGGCCGGUGACCGUCCAGCGCCCUAAUCCAAAGUUGCCUCCACGACCUAAUCAGAGGCCAACUAUAACAACCCAGAGACCUAUUCUCAGGCUCCCAAAGCCUGCGCAUGUUUUCAGAAAUCUCAAUUUUGACCUUGUGGACAAAUCGGACAUUUUUUCAACAUUUGGAAUAGAAAUUAUAAAAUGGGCUGGGUUUCAUGCAAUAAAAAAUGAUGCAGAAUUUUCCCGGCUCUUUGGAGCUCUCUUUGAGCUAGAGACAGAAACCUGUGCAAAAAUGCUUGCUUCGUUCAAAUGCUCCUUAAAGCCAGAACACAGAGAUUAUUGUUUCUUUACUAUCAAGAGUUUACAACACGCUGCUCUGAAAACUCCCAAAGUGGACAAUGAGUUUUUAAAUAUGCUAUUGGACAAGGGUGCUGUGAAAACAAAGAACUGCUUCUUUGAAAUAAUAAAACCUUUUGAUAAAUACAUAAUGAGGCUACAAGACCGCCUCCUAAAAGGUGUUACACCGCUGCUUAUGGCCUGCAAUGCUUACGAAUUAAGCAUAAAGACGAGUGGUUUUGGUAAUCCAAGAGAAAUGGCAAGUGCUUUUGAGACCACUGUUUCUCUUUGUCGUAAGUCUUUAGCACUUCUGGGUCAGACCUUCGCGCUAGCAUCUGUUUUUAGGCAAGAGAAAAUACUUGAAGCCGUAGGGCUCCAGGAGAUGGCUCCAGCACCAACACUGUUCCCAAACUUUGAUGAUUCAACGUUGUUUGGAAGAGAGUACAUUGAAAACUUGAAGGCUUGGUUGGAGAAAAGUGGAUAUCCAAUUCAGAUGAAAAAAACUGAACCAGAGUCCACAGUACAGCUUAAGAAACCCUCUCCUGACACAAAAGUUAAAACCCCACAGCGAGCUGAUCGGAAAGUUGUAGAGACAAUUGAACAGCUAGUGAAUAGCAUUGUUUCAGGAACCUUGUCUGCCAAAGAGAGAAAUGCUCAGAAGAACUGUCCUGAAUAUUGGUUCUUGUCUGAUGAAGAUAGUCUAGAAUACAAGUAUUACAGACUGAAGUUAUCGGAGAUGCAAAGGCGGACAUCAUCUGGAAAGGAAGUGGGUGGUGAGGGCAGAACACUAGAAGAAUCUGCAACAGAAUCAGUCAGGGCCAUGUUGUAUGCCAGGAAAGUUGCAAGUAUUAAGAGAAGGCUAUUUAAAAGAAAAAGGCUUGGAAUUAUCACACAACAUGGUAUUCGAGGAAGGAAGGUGAGGAGAGCAACCAUAGGGACACAGACUGUGCUUUCAGCUGGUACGGUGCUGAAGCACCAAGAGAAGCAUCUUCAAGGUUCAGUCCAGUCAAAGCCUUCUGUAUCAGAAACCAGCCUGUCUGAGAAGAAUUCUUCCCUCGAUACAACCUCAUCCUCACAAUGUGCCGCCAGUUCAGAGGUGUCUCUGCCAGCAGAAGAAAGGGCAGAUUCUGAGGAUUUAUUAGCACCACCUGAACUUUUCCCACCGUUGUCCUCUCAGUUUCCUGAUGUGGAUGCUAAAACAAUGGAAACUGCUGAGAAGCUUGCCAAGUUUGUUGCUCAGGUAGGACCAGAAAUUGAGCAGUUCAGCAUAGACAACAGUGCAGAUAACCCAGAUCUUUGGUUUCUACAGGAUCGAAACAGUUCUGCUUUCAAAUUUUACCGAAUGAAAGUCUAUGAGUUAUGUCCAUCUAUUAACUUCAGUGCUGUGUCAGAAGCAACUGAUGCUGGGGAAGGUGCUAAACCUGAAGAGAGAAAUUUGGAUAUUUCAGAAGAGGAGGAGGAUGAAGAAGAGGAGGAAGAAGAUAAUGAGGAGGAAGCUGAGUUUGAGGAGGAUACCUCCCAGCCUUUGGAAGAAAUGGAAAUGGAGCAAGCAGAGGAGGGAGAAGAGGAUGACAUGUCAGCAGGUAGAAGUGUGGAAAACCUAGCUGAAGAGAUGAUUUCCAAAACAGGAGAGGAAAUUUCAACAGGUGAAAUGCAGCUAGCCGCAUCAUCUGAUGGUGCUAUACCAAAUCUGUCGACACAGGCAUCAACUCCUGCUCCUGGUACCCUAUUUCCUCGCAAACGAAUCAGCAGCAAGUCUCUGAAAGUUGGUAUGAUUCCUGCAUCUAAAAGGAUUUGCCUCAUAGAAGAACCAAAAGUGCAUGAACCUGUCAGAAUUGCUUAUGAUAGGCCUCGUGGUUGCCCAGUUACAAAGAAGAAGAAGAAACCAAAAGAUUUAGAAUUUUCACACAAGAAACUGACAAACAGGAAUGUGGGUUUCCAGAUGCUUCAGAAGAUGGGCUGGCAAGAAGGACAUGGCCUUGGUACACGAGGAAAAGGAAUCAGAGAGCCUGUAAAAGUGGGUGCUACCUCUGCAGGGGAGGGCUUGGGUGUUGCAGGGGAAGAAAAUAAAGAAGAUGCAUUUGAUGUUUUCCGUCAAAGAAUGAUACAAAUGUACAGGCAGAAAAGAGCAAGUAAAUAGGUUUGACAUAAGAGACUCGCUCGCUAGAAAGUGCACGGAUAUGCAAAGGCUGCUGUAUGAAAGAUCUUCGGCAGAGUAUGCCAGUAUGAAGAACACUUUGUUCUAUAGUAGUGGACUUGAAUACUAAUGUAUUAAAACGUUUUCCAAGAUUAAAGUUAGUCUUGUAUUUAAUUGUGCAAGCUAACAACUUGGAUGUCAUCUUCUGAGGAAGAAACAACUGAUUUUGUUCUCGGAAGUGCCUGUUUACCUCUCUCUUUGGCCAAGUUUGCCUGUUUUGUGAUGAGAUGGCUUACCAAAAAAAAAAGGAAUAAGCAACAUGAAAAAUAUGACUAGCCUGGUUUGGCUCUGAUCCUUUCUGAAGCCAAGAAUCUUCUCAAAUUCAGAUCUUCUUGCAAGGGAGUUCAGAUUUUAUUUUACUACAUUUUAUUGAUGGGCUAAUCUUCUGAUCUACUUCUGGAGUCUGCAUAAAGCAGUUUCCUUUCCUCCAUACGCCAAUUUUAAGAAGAGUCUUUACCUGCGUGCUUAUUUUGUAUAGGAUUCUAGACUUUAAGUGUAGGAUGAAUAACGGAUUUCAUCUGAGUCUGAGAACACUAAACUCUUCCUUGAAAACCUCGGCUGCUAAGGUUUUUCAUUGUAAUGAACAAGUAGUACAUAUUUUAAGUGUACUUUUUGUUUUUACACAAAUUUGCAGCUCUUCUCCAACAAAUUCUUGAAUAAUUUCUUUCCUUCUCAAAGAAGUUUAAGCCAUAAGCAGGUGCAAUUCAUGUGUCAGCAGAAAAUACUGAAGAAAAUACUUGGAAGUCAGAUAUUCGGAAGUCAUCUGGAAGUGGAUCAUCAGUUUUAUAAGACCAUCAGUUUAGAGAGCCAUUUCUGUUUCUAUUAAAUUUGAUUUGCAGAAGUUUUUACUGAAAAAUCCCAAGAAAUAAGACAAAAAGCUUGUACUUUUAAGGGACUAUUCCAGAACUUACUGAAAGAGAAGACUGGAUUAAUCUACUGUGCUUCAACAAAAAGCAUUACCUAACUGCUUGGUGAAGCAGUUCUGAAGGCAUGAAAGAUUUAGCAGUGUUACCACAAAUAAACGUUCAAGGUCUGAUCAUUCAUCUUUUCCCGACUUGCACAUCAAUAAGGGAUCUGUGACUGGAUUACUGGAAGUGACAGAAUUUAAUAUCGCACUUUUUAGUGUACUCAUUCUCCAUCAUUACCUUUCUAAAACUAGUCAAAAGUCUUCACUUGAAUGUUAUAGUACCAAAACCUACUUCACUGAAGUUUUCUUUAAAGAGUUUAUCUUGAGCUGACGCGUGUUUUGCUUACUAGGAGUGAGUGCUGUCUUGCUGUUGUUUUCAUCCUGCACCAUGCUUCUUGUAGAGCAAAGAGCUUGUGGUACACCACUAAUAGCACCCCACAGUAAUGUGGCAGCGUCUCAAGUUCCUAACUGACAAAUAUGCAAGAAAAUGUGUUCUUCAGUUAUCAACUUGCCUGUGCCUGCUGUUUAAAGAACAAAAUUAUAUUCUUUCUCCAUUAAAAACCCUGCUGGUUGAAAGGGAGUGUCUUCAUUUUCAUUCUGUAGCAACAAACUUCUCCUUGCUUGUAACAACCAGUUUUAGUUUAUGAGUGCAAGGGGUUUUUUUUUUCUUUACUGUAUGGGUCUUUGAAACCAUGAGAACAAAAUCAUGUCACAGUGUAAUUUUCUGAUCACUCAGUGUCAGUUGCCUUGAAGCACAUAAUCACUAAAUAAAACCACGAUGGCAGGUAUAGAAAAAUAUGCUGGUAGUUCCGUUUUUCCAUGAACAUCACGUGUGUCUUCACCUUUACAUGACAAGAAGUUGAAGCACGAAGGCUAUACGUACAAAUAAGUUUAUCUGGUUGUCAGACUUGAUUAAGGACACUUGAUAGCCCAGACAUUUCUCAUAGGCUUUACUUGGAGAUAUUUAAAAUCCUUAAACGUUUUGGACCACGGGCUACUUGAAAGAUCAUCAAUUACAGCAUUUGGCAGUGUAUGGUUACCUGUUAAAUUCCUGUUUGGGUGCGUUCUUCACUGCCCCUCUUUCUUUCCUGUGCCUAAUUAGCAGUUACGCAGUGUAAAACUUGAGCCUUUUGAAAAGGAGAUCUGCCAGUCGCAGUCUGUUUUAGAAUGACACUCUGGAACCAAUACUGUUGGCCUCUGAUUUAUUUCUCAGACCCACUCAGAGGGUUUAGCUUUUCUUUUAGUUUCAUUGAUGAAGCUGCCAGUGUUCACAAUUUUUAUUUCCCUGCAAACUUCCAGUUCACCUCUUCUUUCACAUUUACAUUUUGGAAGGAUUCUUGAUUAUAUGUUACACUAUUUGCAGAAAGGCACAAGGCGAAGUGUAGUUUCACACUAGAUUGAAACCCCCUCUCUCAGACCCAGAUCAGCAUUCUGCGCUGCUCUGAUUUAACCUGAGUUUGUGGGGCAUAGUACCAUUCGGGGUGCAUUUCCUAAACACCUGCUUACCCAAUCUGGGAAAAUUGUUGGUGUCCAGAUUGGAGAAUGGUACCGUCCUUUCUGAGUGCAAUUCAAUUUAGAGUACAAUGCUGUCUUGAGAAUAAAGGUGAACGUUGGGAAAAUCUUAAUCUGCUACCCUGGAUGACUGUAGUAUGGUCUGUCUUUCUUGUGCCAAACUUUAAUUUUGGACAAGGUAUCAGCAGAGCAGUACUGGUGCUGAGAUUCCAGUGUUGCUCUCAAGUGGGUUAGCGUUUGCCACUUGUAUCUUGUUUUACCAAGAGAUGACCUUACGCUCCUUUUGCAAAAGGAAUUUCCUUUUAUUUUGACCUGCUUUUGCAGGCAGUUCUGAUUUGAAAAAUUUAAAUACUUGUACAUGUGAAACAUUUGUUAUGCAGACACAUUGCCUUGUUUAAAGUUUACUAGCUUCUUUUCUGUUAUUUUAGUUCCAGGCUCUCUUCCAUGAAGACUGCAAGCUUCAGUGAACAUUUUAACUAACUUCAGUGGUGUGUCUACUGUCUUUUGGUUGGUUUUUGCCAUUAAUCUUGUAGAGCAAUUUGCUAGUUUCUGUUCCGUGCAAAUUGGCAGUAGUGCUAAGCUAGUAACAAUUAGAUGCUUAUGUUAUUGGAUAACUGACAUUUCUUUUUAGUGUAAGUAAACAUGUUAGCAUUGUUAAUCUUUUAAUAUCUGCAAUAAAUGUAGAACUAAACAAUUUCUGGUUUAAAUGUUUUGCUUGUGAAUUUGGCCAUUUGUAAGAGAUAUGCAUCAUUUUGGCACUAACAAGUGGAAUUGAGAUUAUGCAGUGUUACAUUAGUGUAAAGCAGGAUUUAAUAGUGUAUGAGGGAAGAAAGGUCCCUCUGUUUCUGUGCUGCUACACGUCUCUGUUGAGAAUACCCACUAAAUCAUUUCUUAGUUACUUUUUCAUGUGGCUUCUAGUGCAUUAAAUCCAUACACAACAGUGUUACUUUCCACAUGAACACCAAAACCGUUGUGCCCCAGAUAGAAUGCAAGAGGUUUACCCUUUAUUCACGUAUCCCAGGAAUUAGUUGUCUCUCUGAUUUUCUUGGUGUACUGACUUUAAAACAGCAAAACUUUCUCUUUACAUACGUGUGUGGUUUACUGUUGCCUUUAAAUUCAAAUUCCUUUUUUAGACAGGAUAUGAGGGGGAAAAUUGCAACGAACUGAAAUUUAACACUGGUGCAGCCGCCUUCUAUCGAGAGGUAAAGUGAGAGUGUUCAUUUGCGAAAGAUACCAGCCAGGUCUCCUGUCCCUUGCUUUUACACUGACAGCUAGGAAAAGCUUUACAGAGGCAAGUUCAAGCCCUGGCUACACCUUUUUCCUCCUUUUCCUUCAAAAAUUUAUUAUACAUGAGGACCUGGUUCUAGAAGAAAGGACGUUUGCUCUCGUUGGAGAGAAAUGAGGAGAUCCCCAUUUUGGGGGAGGUGCCCUAACAGAGUAAGAGAACUACAGUCAAUAAUACACUGUUUGGAGUAAUUGUGUUGGACUAAAAGAGAUGUUUUCUUUUUUUUUUUGCCUUCAAAGCUUUUCUUUGGUGUAAUACCAAUGACAUUUUUCCUAUUUAUUUUUGGGGUUUUUUAGAAGACACUACAGCAUCCUUAGUGUGAACACUUAAUCUGUGCUGAGAUGUUACUUCUCAAAAUCAAUGUACAGUAUUUUUUUCUAUUGAUAUUCUGUUCUGCUUUAAAGUUAAUCCUGAUGUAUUGUGCCCAAAGAAAGUCUGGACUCAGAAAUUCAAACACUGUUAUUUUGGAUUGUCUUCUAUCCUACAAGCAGGUGUAUUUUCUAAUUAAAAAUGAAUUCGUGAAAGUCCUGUAUCAUCUUUAACUCUGCAUAUCUCAUGACUGAGUGGCCAAUCACAACCAGACUGUAGAUUUGAGCAAUAAUAAACACCUUAAAUGAGAAUAUGCUCAAAGAACAAUAGGGUACUUCUGAAAUAAAUAGUUUUUGUGAACCUUGUUAAGUAGGUAACUUGCUGAAUUGCAGCAAGUGUGGAAAAUGUUUGCAUUAUCUGUGGGCAAUAAAGUUACUGCUGUUU